GAUAAAUGCAUAACGAAAAUAAAAUCCAAUAGAAGUUCAUAACCAAAACGGCAAUAAAGACAAAACCAUUCAGUAUACAGCAGUGCAUUCUAAAUUAAAAUUUUACAUUUCGAGGAAGUGUUAAAUGAACGUGUUAAAUGCAAUCAUAACUGAAUGCUGAACCUAUUACAAUGACCUCGUAUUCGAAAUAUUUCAAAAUUGUGACGGAAAAUGCAAACUGUGCAGACUUUGUGCAUUGUGGAGAUACAUGCAUGGAAAUGUUGCGCUGGAAUGCUAUUAACUAUUUGUACGGAUGCUGUAAAUACAUUGCACCCAUAUCAGUGAUACCAAUUUUACUGAAGUUUCGUGAAUUAAAUGUGGAACUUAUAAAGCAAUGUUCCAAAAAAUUCCUGGAGUAUUCGGCGGCCGCAUGGUUGAUGAGUGUUACUGGUCUGUCGUUUAUGUGCGUUUAUCACAAAUUACUUGGAAAAUUUUACAUGUGGUCCAUACUGGCUAUACCUGCUGCAUCAGGUGCACUGAUUUGCACCUUAAUUUGCUCGAAUCGUUUAAUACUUAUGUUUAGUCGUGGACUAUCAACUAUGGUAACGGAAGCGAUCAUAAAAUUAUAUGCAGAUCAUAAUGUCGUCCUUCGUCUGCUGAGAGAUUCGACGUCAGCACUAACUGUCGCGUUUAUGGUUGCAAAUACGUCGAUAAUUUAUGCUUUGCGACAGAUAAAGUCUGAUGUGUUUUGGUUUAUUCAACCAUUCAAAACAGGAAAGAAUUUUGUUCCAUUUGAACAGAUUGCUAGUCCUGUCGUUGAUCGUAUACUUCCUGCAGACAGACAUUAUUGUCAACACAAAAAUAGUUGCGACACUUUUCUGAAACAGGAAAUUUUUAAUUAUUUGAAAAUUGGAAUCGGCAUCGAGUUCGGUAGAAUAUUACUCGGUAACAUCAAAGACAUUGUACAGCAACCAUUAAAGUUUUUUGUGUUCGAAUUCCUGAAAAAGAUAAAAUUAAAUUUUAUCUGCUUUUUGACGGGUUAUGCAGGAAUUUAUCGAAUUUUAACUUGUCUGCUGACUCGCUUUUAUAAGGAAGACUGUCCACAAAUUCAUCUCAUAUCAUCAUUUAUUUCUGGAAUUGCAUUUUACGCAUAUCCUCAAUUAUCACUGUUCGGUCAUGCGUUUGCUACAGCCGUGGAACUACUAUGGACAUUAUAUUCAAGUGAUCAUCCUAAAAAAACACAUUCGAGAUGGUCAUGGUCAAUGAUGACCGCUUUAAAAAGGAUUUCAUGGUCACGAGUCAUUUAUCCGACAUUUUUCGGAUAUCUGUGUUACUUGAGACCAUUUUAUCCGUGGGCCACUCCGAAAAUGAUGAUGUCUAUUUUGCGUGGAGUCACAUUGAACAGGGAGACUCGGAUUAUGAAGGAGUACUGCAAUCGCUUACUGAAGCACAGCGAUCCAAAUGUUUUGUAUUUGUUCGGAAGAAUGUAGGAAAAUAAAUUUUUUCUUGUUAACA